CCAACUGGACAACAGGGGUCCAUUCCUCCACUGGCUAACCCUGCUAGACCAGCACUCUAAAGGAGAAGACAGUAGAGGAGAGACGAGGAGAGGGGGAUUAGUUAACCCUGCUAGACCAGCACUCUAAAGGAGAAGACGAAAAGGGGAUUAGUUAACUUCUGACACUGGUAGUUCCAUGUGUAGCCUGAGAAUGGCGCUGCUGUGUGUGGUUGUGGCCUUUGCCCUGACUCUGCAAGGCCCCUGCCCCAGUGUGUGUGCCCCUCAGGGGGGGCCGGAGCCAGACGAACAGCCCUAUGACCUGGAUGAAUUUGAUAUGAAUGGAGAGACAGACUGGGAAAACCUGGACCUCAAUGGAGAAAACUAUGACUAUGAAGACCUAGACCAAGAGAUCGAGGUGGGGACGGUGGCCCCCCCUGCUCCUGAGACCCCUCCCCCGGCCAACGUGCCCCCUCCUGAGUAUGAGGAGGAGGUGACCCUGCCCCCCAGGCCGAUCCCUCCCCUGGCUCCAGUAACUCUGGACUUCAAAGGACCAGGCCUGUUUGGACCUGACACUGGCCUGGGUAUGCCUACAUGUUUGCUGUGUGUGUGCAUCAGUGGAAGUGUGUAUUGUGAUGAUGCUGACCUGGAGCAGAUUCCUCCACUGCCUAAAGACACCACACAUUUCUACGGGCGCUUCAACAGUAUCAGACACGUCAAGAACACUGACUUCAUCAACCUCAACAAGCUGAAGAGCAUCGACCUCACAGGGAACCAGAUCUCUGGGGUGGAUGAAGAUGCGUUCCGCCUCCUGCCACAGCUCCAGAACAUCCUAUUGGCUGAUAACAACCUGCAGGCGCUGCCAGAGCUCCCGCCCACCCUCAGAUACAUCGAUGUGCGCAACAACAGACUGAUCAGCAAUGGACUACACACAGAGGGGUUCAAGGAGAUGAGCCUGCUAGAGUUCCUGUAUCUGUCUGAUAACAAGCUGGACUACAUCCCCGUCCCACUACCUGAGAGCCUCAGAGUACUACACCUACAGAACAACAACAUCCAGAAUCUUCACGUGGACACAUUCUGUAACAGCCACGACCGUAACUACAUACGACGCUCCCUGGAGGACAUCAGGCUGGAUGGAAACCCUGUCAACAUCAACCUGUACGCCUCCUCCUACAUCUGCCUGCCUCGCAUGCCUAUCGGGAGCCACUGAGUGGGGCAUUGAGGUGGCAUGGAGGGAGGAAUGGAGUAGCUCUGCAGAGAGGGAGGCAGGGAGGGGGUCUGCAAAGAGGGAGAGAGAGGUGAGGGAGGGAGGAAGGGGAAAGAGAAAGUAUUCAUUUUAUAAAGCAAUUCAAAGACAGAGAAGAGUGUGAGGGGUGGGGAAAGGAAGGAUGGGAAGUGGGAGUUGUUCAUUAUAUUCUGGUUCGCUAUCUCUUUAACAUUAGCUGCUAUCUCAAUCCUGACACCAGUAAGAGGCUGUCUUGACUGAACGAUUCAUUGGCAGAUGGCCCGAUAAAUGAGGGUCUGUUUGCUUGUACCUGACUGUAUCGACUGUCUGUCUGUCUGCCUGUCUGACUGCUACUUUUGCCACUGAAACAUGUGUGUCGCCUCACAAUGAGAUUUUCAUUCUCAAUUAUAGGUUGCCCAUAAUAAAAACAACUGUGAUUCA